AUGUCUUCCAUCGGCCGCGAUCUCGUCUUUCUCGUCCUCCAGUACUUACACGAGAAGAAGUUCGAGGAGACCGCCCACAAACUGGAGCGAGAGUCAGGGCUUUUCUUUAACAUGAGUUACUUUGAGGAGUCCGUGCUCGCCGGGGACUGGGAGGCGGCGGAGAGGUACCUAUCGGGUUUUACGAAGUUCGAUGACAAUCCGCACUCGACGAAGAUCUACUUUGAGAUCCGAAAGCGGAAGUAUUUCCAGGCCCUUGACAGGCAUGACAAGGUCAAGGCAGUAGACAUCCUGGUCAAGGAUCUGAGCGUGUUCUCGUCAUCGAAUGAAGACAUUGUUAAAGAACUUACUCUACUCCUUCCGUUGGACAACUUCAGGAAGAAGGAGGAACUAUCUGAGUAUGAAGAUACCCAGCCGGCCAGGGUGACGGCGAUGGAAGAGCUCAAGUGGUUGAUUGAGGCGAAUCCCCUAUUCAGUGACAAGUUGCAGUUUCCUCCCAUCGGGACAUCAAGACUUCGCACCCUCACGAACCAAAGUUUAAACUGGCAACAUCUGCUCUGCAAGUACCCCAGUCCACGCCCUCAUAUGGAGACCCUGUUCGUUGACCAUUGUUGUCCCCACCCAAAUUUUGCGCCUGGGGAAUCUUCCCGUGCGGCAGGGGGCGGCAGCUGA